AUGAUUAAGAAAAAAAGACCACCUUACAUGUUUAUCGGCCAUGAUAUCUGGGAAGCUGUCCGUGAUUUUCCAAAAUUCACAGUUAGUGACUGGGCCACCAAAUUCCAGGAGAAGAAUGUAUUUGAUAAUGUGUUUAACACACUCAUGAAUGAUCCUGCAAAUACAAUGGACAAUGAGAAGGAAAGAUUGGAUUUACCUCUUAAAUGUUUACAUGGGGAUUUAGAGAUGCGUCAUCUACCUAAUGGAAAGAUGGCUAAGCCAAAGGCAAAAUUUUCAUUGACAUCCGAAGAGGCAAAGCUAGUUUGUAGAUCGAUUAAGGAACUAAAAAUGCCUGAUGGCUAUGCCUCAAAUCUUUCUAGGUGUGCUGAUGUCACCAAAGGUAGGAUGAAGGGGAUGAAAUCCCAUGAUUGUCAUGUAUUCAUGAAGUGUUUGCUUCCAAUUUCUUUUCGUUCCUUUCCUAGUGAGAUAUCGAAGCCGCUAACCGAGUUAAACCGUUUCUUUAAACACUUGUGUUGUAAUACAUUAAAAUUGGAAGACCUUGUUAGGUUGGAACGGAACGUUCCCAUCAUUAUAUGCAAGUUAGAAAGAAUUUUUCCACCAUGUUUCUUUAACUCGAUGGAACAUCUUCUAAUUCACCUACCUAAUGAAGCAAUCCUCGGUGGUCCUGUACAAUAUCGUUGGAUGUAUCCAUUUGAAAGAUUGAUGGGAGACUACAAGCGUUCAGUGAAAAAUAAAGCCAGGGUUGAAGGUUCAAUAUGCACUUCCUACUUGCAUCGUGAAACUACUUAUUUUUGCUCUCACUAUUUUAAGACCGUUAGUUUGUUGCCAAGUACAAGUUUCAUAAAUGAUCCUGGAUCAUAUCAUGAAAAUGUCCAACCAACACUUUCUAUUUUUAGCAAAUGCGGUCGUCCUAGUGGAAAGCCUCGGGACUAUUGGGUGCUUGAUAAGGAAUGGGAAUCUACUCACAUGCAUUUCCUAAUCAAUUGUGAUGAGGUUAAACCAUACCUCGAAUUGUUCAUGCAAUAUCACCGUAUCAAUGAGGAAGAUGCUUCUGGUCUUAUACACGAGCAAUUUCCUUCAUGGCUAAAGGAAUAUGUGAAUGAUGAGAGAAAUGGAACACCUAGCCCAUACGUGAAGGCAUUAGCUCUUGGUCCUAAUCCUAAGGCAACAUCGUGGAACAUCUACUUUGUUAAUGGCAACAAGAUUGCCAUAUUUUAUUGUGCUUGGUUUGAUCCAACAAAUAAUAGUGGCACAAGAGUUAAUGAGGAGUAUAAUAUUUUUGACAUUAAGAUGAAUAAACGAUAUUGUUAA